UCCAGCUAAGGAAAGAAGUCACAGUCCAGUGCACAGCCUGGGGGAAGGGGAAUGGAAAACAGGUUUGUGUCCCUCUGGCUGUUGCCCCGGAUGGUACCGGCGAAGGUCAGUUGAAAUGACAGCACUUUCAAAAAAAUGCAUCCUGUCCCAUCUGAAAGGCAGAAGCAAAUUGGAAGCCUGCAUCCCCUGCAGGCUGUGAGGCUCCAUUCAUCACGCGCAUCCGAUGUGAAGCUGAUGCCUCGAUUUAUCACGCGCAUCCGAAGCGAGCCGCAUGGCUCCAUUUAUCACGCAAUCCGAUAGGAAUUGAACGGCUUUGAUUUAUCACGUGCAGUGCAGGCGCUGAUGUGGCAGGAUAUGUAGGUAGUGCUGCCCGACUUCGAGCUCCUGACCAGCACUACAGAUGCAAUGCAUGCAAACAGCUCAGGAAGACCAGUAGGCACAGAAUGCACACCAUGAGUGCCAUACUUAGUAAUACUGCAACUUGUCGCACUAAUUUAUUUCCAGGAUUAGGAUUUAUACAGUUUCUGCGAGCUUCACGUGCAUUGUCAGGGUGUAGGAACAGCUCUAAGACUAAAUGUGAUGUGAGUAAAGAGAUUGCUGUGUAACCUCCUACGUCUCCAUCUGUCCUUUUGCAUUUUUUUUGCCAGUGGGACUAAGUCCUAGUUUAGUUAGUUAUAUGCUUUCCACUUCUCAGUGUCAGAUGCGAAUGUAUUGACUUGGGUUUGGACUGCUGAUUUUUACUUCAGGACGAAUCUGCAGUUUCUUUUGAACUUAGCAGCAUGCAGAGAGGAGACACUUGAUACCUUCAGCAGUCCCACCAUACCAUGUCAUCUGUACAAAUUAAACCUCAACUCCCCAUCAUCUUAGCGUUUUUUAUCGUUGUGCACGUUGUCCUUGGCACACAUGGAGAUGGUCUCUCACGGACAUCGUACAUUUGGUUACAGGAUGCGAUUUUUUUCGGUUUAUAAUAAGCCUCUUGCCCUUGAUGUCCUGGAGAGUUUGAACCUAUGCAGUCAGAAACCUGAUACUAGCAGCUGAGGUUCCUGAAGUUUGCACUUUAAAAAAGCAGUUUCGAACCUUGUAACACAUAAUGUCUGACAUCUAAAUGAUGAGUACCACUUCGAAAGACACCACAGAGACAGAGAGCAUUUCAGAGGAAGUGCAAGUUAAAGUAGAGGGACUGUACUCUAAAAGCAAAGAAAUAGUGAUACAGUUCAGCACUGCUGCGAAGAAGGGAGGAUGUGAACGAUACUGUGAUGAUACCAUUGCGUUUUGUACUUCUAACGAAGAUGAUGCAGCAGCCGCUGCCUUAUCAGAGGAAGCAGUAUCAUCUGAAGAAAACGCCUACCCACAUGCAUCUGAAGGGCCCUCGUUUCAAGAGCUGCACUUGCCUUCUUAUUCAGUUUGUAAAUCUGAGGAUGAUCCCCCCAGCUCUGAUCAGCUUGUCCAAACUCCACAAUUGAAGCCUCUAGUACAAUCUGACAGUACGGCAUCCAAGCCCUUAAUUAACUUGGUUAAGUCCUUGUCUGCUGAAAUUGAAGCUCGAGACAUGCCCUCUCUUAGGCCUAAACCUUUGCUAAAUUUGGUUAAAUCUAUUUCAACAGAACUCUCUCAGCAAGAGUCAGAAGUAAUCCAGUCGAAGUCAGAUUCAAAGCUAAACCUCCUCCUGUGGAAACAACUAACCCAGCCUAAAAAUAAGAACAGUGACUCUAAGACUGCACCCUCAUCCCCGAGUAUUUCCCCUUCGGAAAAUAAGGGGGGGUUAUUUAAGGUUCAAGAAGUAGAAGCCAGACUAGAAGAUACUAAAAGAAAAUUGUCUGAGGCUAUGCUGGAGCCCUUCAGUAUGCUUAGUAAGAUAAUAGGAGAAGAACAUUCUGGAACUCCAAAACAUAAAGCAGCUCAGCCAAGUACUUAUGUUACAGAUUCACAAAAUCUAUCCAACAGUAUCACUGGAGAUGAGAGUUUUGAAAUAAAUACGACAACUACACAGGCUAGGUAUAUUAAAAGAGGUAAUGCCAAACCAUAUCUUGGAGAAACUUUGAAAACAAAACAGCACAAGGACUCAGCAUCAUUUGGGUAUGACGGUGAUUUUAGUUCUAAAACUUCCCGAUAUGAAAUCCAUACUUAUGAAGAUAUGAUACAAGUGGUUGAAGUUGAAGAAAGAGAAGACACCAGGGAACAACAGCCAUCUGUGUCUAAUGAAGUAGCUUAUCCGCUUCCAUCUUGCCAGACUCUGCCAUGUACAAACCUGCUUUGUUUCACACUGAUGGCUUAUGGUUAUUUUAUCUUACCAUUACCAACAUAUAUUGCGGGCGUGUGCCUCGGUCUUGCCUGUGGAUUUAUGCUGGCAUUUCUGGUCAUUAUUUUGCUUUUAUCGAGGCCUCCUCCAUUAUCUGUUAAGAAAAAACAUGCAAAUGAAAGGCUUCAUUCAGAUAUUUUAAUAAAUGAGCCUAAGGAAACUGACAUUAUGCAGGGCUGGAUGAAUGAAAUAUAUUUCUACAAGCCUGAAUUGUACCACGCGUCACUGACACACUCCGUAUAUGUGACCUUAGAAGGUUCAUCAUUGAAGCUUUCAUAUCCCAAGAAUAAUAUUCCUCGCAAAGCGACUUUCGAAGAAGCUAAACACGAUGUUGUGUUUACCAGUGAGCGAUGUUACAAUUUAUCAGAAAGCAAGGUCUCCCUUGCCCCACCUGGACUUGCUAAGAAAAGAAUGUGGAAUAAAAAAUAUCCAAUAUGUUUAAUUCUUGCUGAGCAAAGUGGCCUCAGUUCCCAAACUUUUACUGAAUCUACUGCUGUUGACAAUCAAAUUAGUGACUCGGAAAAUCUGUGUGUGCCUACAGCAAGAGCGAAUGAUACAAGAAACCAGUCAGGGCAAACUAAAGAGGGUAUCCUUUACCUUUUUGGGAGGACUGGGAGAGAGAAAGAGGAGUGGUACCAGCACUUUUUGGUGGCGUCCAGGAUAACAGCCGAGGAAAAGUAUGGCAGUAGAUGUGAAGAGAGACUUGGGACAGGACAAAAUCGAGGCAGCAGCCCUUCAGGAAGGCUUCUGCACAGUAACUGCAGUAGUCGGGGCAGCAUGGAAGAUAUAGCCUCUCUCUUUAAACCCAAGGAUCUGGCUGGAAAAGUGAAACAGAAGAUCUUAUUGGAUUACAACACCUACAUGUCCCGAUUCAUCCCGGGUGAAGGAGCUAGCCCUCUUCUGAGCCCCUGUCAUAGUGCUACCAGUAGCCCUACAACCAGGAGAAAAUUACUCAGGGAUGUUUGUACUAACAAUGAACCUCAUUUGGCUUGGAUAAAUGCCUUCAUUGGUAGAAUUUUCUGGGACUUUCUCAGGGAAAAAUAUUGGGCUGAUCAAGUCACAAACAAAAUUCAGAAGAAGCUCAGUAAAAUAAAGCUCCCUUACUUCAUGAAUGAACUGUCAGUCACUGAACUGGAUAUGGGGACAAGUUUGCCUGUUAUUCAAGGUGCUUCCAAACCAGUGGUAGAUCACCGGGGCCUUUGGUUAGACCUGGAAGUCACCUACACUGGAUCUUUGCAGAUGACCUUGGUGACAAAACUGAACCUGUGCAAGCUUCGCAAAGAAGGCAUACUUGAGGGCGAUGGACAAAUUAAUACUGGAAGAGAAGGAACAAAACCCCGUGAGUUUAUACUGGCAGACAGUGAUGAAGAGUCUUCGACUGCUGGCUCCUCAGAUGAAGAAGAUGUGCCUUUAACAGAACCACAAGGAACUCUGGGAGAUAAAAUUGGUCCUGCUGGAGUUGAGAGCUAUAUAGGUGGACAAAGCACCAGCAGAAAGAUUCUCAGAUUUGUUGAUAAGAUUGCAAAAUCAAAAUACUUUCAAAAGGCUACUGAAAAUGAAUUCAUCAAGAAAAAAAUAGAAGAGGUUUCCAACACUCCUUUGCUGCUGACUGUUGAAGUACAAGAACUUACUGGAACAUUGGCUGUAAAUAUCCCUCCUCCACCCACAGACAGAAUAUGGUAUAGCUUCCACAUUCCUCCACAGCUGGAGCUGAAAGUUCGGCCAAAGCUCGGUGAACGAGAAGUAACCUUCUCCCAUGUGACAGAAUGGAUAGAGAAGAAGUUGAAAGAUGAAUUCCAGAAAGUCUUUGUGAUGCCAAACAUGGAUGACCUCUACAUUUUAGUCAUGCAUUCUGGUUUGGACAUCUCAGCUCAACAUUUGCCAUGCUCUGAGGGGCAAUCUGAAAACACUGUGACUGUACCUGAAGAAAAAUUGUAGCACAGCAAUAACAAAGCGUGAUUCUACACUCAGAUGCACAGUCUUCCAAAUUUUGUAUAGACUAUUCAAGCCUGAUGACUUUUUAAUUCAGUGUGCCAUUUUCAUUUGAGCUGUGUCCGGUCAACAAGUCUUACUUCACUCAGAAACCUUCCAGAAGUUUAAAAUUAGUAAUGUUUAUUAAAGCAUUGCGCUUCACAUGCUGGAUUCUUUGAAUGAGUUGUAGAUGUAUUUCAACAGCAGUGUGUGUGUGUGUGUGUGUGUGUGUGUGUGUGUGUGUGUGUGUGUGUGUGUGUGUGGGUGGGUGUGUUUGUGUGUAAGCGUGUGUGUGCAUGUGUGUGUGGUAUUCCCCCUAUUAUUUAUUCAUGAAGCUAUUUUUUAUUUAUUUUGUCUGUAAUAUUUAUAUUUAUUGUCUAAAAUAUAUAUUUCCUACAUUUUUCAAAAGUAGAUUAAUUUCACAGAGGUAUAAUCCCUUUUGAGUCAUACAUGGAUAUAAUUUAAUACCAGCUAUUAGCAAAAUAUUAAUUUACAUAAUCAGCAAAUGUCCUGUAAUCCACAAUUUAUGCAGCACAGAUUUACAUAGAUUUUGAACAGACUUGAAAAGAAAUAAUCUGGUCAUGUUUGCAUAUCUGUAUGUAUUAAAAAUUUCAUUUUGAUCAUAGGGGUUUCUCUCAUAAUUUUAAGGGCCUGCAAUUAGAAGGGAUUUCCAGGAUAAAGUCAUGGGAGUAAGCAGGACACAGUUUGCAGUAUAUGCUAAAAAUGGCCAUGCACAUUUUCAUGGUUUAUUAUAGGUAUGGUUCUUAUAUUCUUACAAUUUACUGAGCUAACAGACCAUUUGUAUCAAAUGCUGUUUUUGGCUCCUAAGGGUAUGGUGCAUGCACAGUAACAUUGUUGAGAAAUAAAAAAUGAUGUUUCUGAUGAAUGGAUACACAUGGAUAAUGCAUGCUAGGAGCAGAAUAACAACUCAGGGUAGUCAAAAAAUAAAAAGUAUCUGAAGCCAUUUCACUUUUCAUUCACUUAUGUAGCUGUGCAUAUUGGAGCGAAUGCAGUUGUAACUCUAGCUCGAUUUACUGCUCUAGUUGAUCGCUGUACAAAUGUAAUAAAUGCACAGUUUUGA